AUGGUCCUCGUAACCAUGCAGCCCUCUCCCCGGCUCCCAGCCGAGCGCCGCAGUCACCUCUUCUCCCAGCUGACCUUUACGACCGCGGGACGCGACACCGCCCUGGUGUGCCUGCAAGAAGUCCUGCACGCGCAGCUGCUCGACGUCGCGGCGGCGCUGGGCCCGUCGUGGGCGCACGUCGGCGUGGGCCGCGACGACGGCGCCACAAAGGGCGAGCACUCGCCCGUUUUUUACCGCCGGGACGUCUGGCGCGCCGAGCGGACCCAGACCUACUGGCUGAGCAAGACCCCGUCGGAGCCGAGCAGAGGCUGGGACGCCGCGCUCCCGCGGGUCGUGACGGCCGUGCGGCUCCGGCAUAAAGCCGCGGGGACGGCCGUCGUCGUCAUGAGCACCCACCUGGAUCACCGGGGCGAGGUGGCGCGGAGGGAGAGCGCAGGCGUUCUGCUCGCGGUGGCGGAGGAGUGGGGCACCGACGACGACGGGCAGAGGUUGCCCGUGUUUCUGGGUGGUGAUUUCAACAGUGCGCCCGGGGAGGGCGCCUACGAGGGCAUCACCAAGCCCGGGGAGGGGGCUGGGAUGCGGGACAUCUCGACCGUGAUCCCGGAGGACAAGAGAUAUGGGUACAAAGAUGUCACGUAUACCUCCUUUGGGGAGCCGAACGAAACGCCCAAGAGGAUCGAUUUUCUUUUUGUCAAGGAUGACGCGGCCCAGGUCAAGUUUGUCACGUUUGGGGUCUUGUCAAACAGGUUUGACGACAAGAUUUUCCUGUCAGAUCACCGGGCGGUGGUGGCUGAUGUAGAGAUUCCAGUUGAGGCUUGA